AUAUAUGAAGUCCAGCAGACUGUAACAUUAUGGCUUCUGCACGUUUUCAAAAAGCAUUAAGAAGAAAUCCCUUGCCACAUUUUAUAACGAAAAAUGCGAGUGUUUACGAGAAACCCUUUGUCUAAGUAGGAAAUUCAUUGAUUUCUCCUCUUUUGUUUCCUUUUGCUUCGGAACCAUUGAACGUUGUCAUGUUGGACUUCUUUCCAUUUAUGUUGAUCCCCAAAGCUCUCUUUCAUUUCAUUACCAAUUUUUUGGGAUUCUUUGCAUUUAAGGCUCUGAACAACACAUUACACAAUUAGUAUUUGAACCCUCUUCUUAUUGUUUCAUCAUUUGCUCUACUAAGAAUGAUGGAGAAGGUGGUGGUGCUAAACCAGACUCACUCCAGACACCCUCUUUUAUGGCUAAUUAUCGUCUUUCAGUUUUCAUUGCUAUUUUUCUCGGCUUUCUCUGCUGAAAUCACAGCCAGAAAAAUCCUCAAAGAUAAAAGCAAGAAAUCUCCCAAAGUCCGUUUGGAAAAAACAGAUGAGAAAGUUAUUAUUAAUAAUGGACUUGUUGAAGUCACUAUUGAGAAAUCUACUGGUCAUUUGCUAGGAAUUAAGUAUAAGGGAAUAGAUAAUGUGCUUGAAACCGAAAACGACAACGAUAAUAGAGGGUACUGGGAUAUUGUGUGGGAUCAUGAAAUGUAUGACAAAUUAGCUACACGACAUGUCAUUAUCAUUACACAAAGUGAUGAGUUAGUUGAGCUUUCCUUCACUAGAGUGUGGAACAAAACAAAAGACCAUGGCAUCUCAGCUCCUGUAAGCGUAGACAAAAGGUAUAUAGUACGACGAGGACUUCCAGGGGUGUAUAUGUAUGGUAUUUUCAAGCGACGAAAAUAUUUUCCCCAUACUUAUAUUCGUCAAUUAAGGAUUGUUUUCAAACUCAAGGAAGACAAGUUUCAUUUCAUGGCGUUAUCAGACACGCAACAAAGGAUCAUGCCUAGACGAGAAGAUCGAGAACAUAGCCACUGUCAGGUUCUUGCUUACCCAGAAGCUGUUCUAUUGACUAAUCCAAUCAAUCCGAAACUUAAAGGAGAGGUUGACGAUAAGUACCAGUAUUCGAUUGAGAGCAAAGAUAACAAGCUUCACGGGUGGAUAGCGGAUCACGACGCUGUCGGCUUUUGGAUAAUCACCCCCAGCGAUGAGUUCCGAACUGGUGGCCCGCACAAGCAGGACCUCACUUCUCAUGUUGGUCCUACUGCUCUCUCCAUGUUUGUUAGUAAUCAUUACACGGGGAAGGACAUUGCCGAGUUCUACAAGGAACGAGUGGCUUGGAAAAAGGCUUUCGGCCCUGUUUUGAUCUAUCUCAACUCUGCAACUUUUGAUCAUGCUCAUCGUUACCGCAAGUCACUGUGGAAGGACGCUAAAAAGCGGUUGAGUAAAGAAAUCAAAAGCUGGCCUUACAGUUUCGCUGCUUCAAAGGAUUAUCCUCAUGCUGAUCAUCGAGGAGAAGUUAGUGGUCAAUUACUAGUGCGAGACAAAUAUUUGCACAAGCAAUUAAUGAAGGCCAAAUCUGCCUUCGUGGGGUUGGCAGCGCCUGGACGUGCAGGAUCAUGGCAAACUGAAGGAAAGGGAUAUCAAUUCUGGACUCAAACCGAUAAGGCUGGUCGUUUCAGUAUAAAAAAUGUCCGACGAGGGAAAUAUAACUUGUAUGCAUGGGUCCAUGGUUUCAUCGGGAACUAUAAAUUAGACCGCAACGUCAGUGUCCAUACAGGAUAUAAGAAAAACUUGGGUACACUUAUAUAUGACCCUCCAAGAAGUGGUCCUACAUUGUGGGAAAUCGGGAUUCCCGACAGAACAGCUGCCGAGUUCUUCAUACCUGAUCCAAAUCCAACAUUUGUUAACUCAAUCCUCAACCAUGACGAUGAAAAAUUUAGACAAUACGGAUUAUGGGAUCGGUACUCAGAUACUUAUCCUCACCAUGAUCUUGUCUUCAAAGUUGGGGCUAGCAAUUAUUCCAGGGAUUGGUUCUUUGCUCAUGUUCCCAGGCGCACAGGAAACGAUACCAAGGCAACCACAUGGAAGAUUAAAUUCAAACUCCAGGAAGUGAACAAGUCUGGAAAAUACACUCUCCAAAUGGCCUUGGCAGCCGCUAACUUUGCUGAGGUUCAGGUUCGAAUCAACAAACCAGACGGUAGUCCCCAUUUUACGACGAACAGAAUCGGGUACGAUAAUGCAGUAGCAAGACAUGGAAUUCAUGGAUUGUACAGAUUGUAUAGCAUAAAUGUGCCUGGGAAACGAUUACGGGUAGGGAACAACACGAUUUUUCUAACUCAGACAAGAUGCAAAGAUGAAUUCAUGGCAGUUAUGUAUGACUAUAUUCGAUUAGAAGGACCUGCAGUUUAAUCAAUUAGCUAAUCAAGUACUAAUAGAAGGUUGCUAUAUAUUCUUUCUGAACAUGGUUUAACCCCAAUUUUGGCUAAAAUAAAUACAUAAAAUGAGAAUAGGAAAUAGUUGUUUGAUAUUGCU